AGGGGAUCAAAGCUGAUGGAGGUGGGGUGGGACCACCUGUCUCGGGGCCUGCUGUCUUCAGGUGGAGAGACUUUGUCCUUGGCUCGGUCAGGACCCUUCACAGAUGUAGUCACUACAAACCUUAAGUUGCGAAAUCCGUCAGAUCGAAAGGUGUGUUUCAAAGUGAAGACGACAGCGCCUCGUCGGUACUGUGUGCGGCCCAACAGUGGGAUCAUUGACCCCGGGUUGACUGUGACUGUUUCAGUAAUGCUGCAGCCUUUUGACUAUGACCCCAAUGAGAAGAGUAAACACAAGUUUAUGGUACAGACCAUCUUUGCUCCACCAAACAUUUCAGACAUGGAAGCUGUGUGGAAAGAAGCAAAACCUGACGAAUUAAUGGAUUCUAAAUUGAGAUGUGUAUUUGAAAUGCCCAAUGAAAAUGAUAAAUUGGGCCUCGCUCCUCCAGGGCCCGCCAUGGCCGUCGCUCCGCUGAGCAGCACCAACAGCACAGGCACAGCACCUGCCAGUUAUAGUGCGAAGAAUGAGCCCAGGGCCUUCAGUGUGUUCAAACAGGAGAAGAAGAAUGACUUGGAACCCAGCAAAGCCGUUCCCCUGAACGCUGCGAAGCAGGAUGGGCCCGUGCCAAAGCCGCACAGUGUUUCCCUCAAUGACACCGAGACGAGGAAGCUCAUGGAGGAGUGCAAGCGGCUGCAGGGGGAGAUGAUGAAGCUGUCGGAGGAGAACCGGCACCUGAGGGAUGAAGGCUUACGGCUCAGGAAGGUAGCACAUUCGGAUAAACCUGGAUCCACUUCAGCUGCGUCCUUCAGAGAGAACGUCACCAGUCCUCUUCCUUCACUUCUUGUUGUCAUUGCAGCCAUUUUCAUUGGAUUCUUUCUAGGGAAAUUCAUCUUGUAGAGUGAAGCAUGCAGAGUGCUAUUUCUUUUUUUCCUCUUGACCAGAAAAGAUUCGUUUACCUGCCAUCUCACUGGUAGUGUGGCCCACGGUGACCAUGUGGCCCACGGUGACCAUGCUUUGUGUGUACAGCGUCAUGUAGGCCUCGCCCGUAACGGUCUCACGGUUAGAAAGAAACACGUAAGAACAGAGUGCUGGGCUCCGGACAGCGCCAUCGUCACCAGACCGUCCCUAGCAGGUGUCAUUGCACAUUCAGUCCUUUAUGAAAUUCAUAAAUAAAGAAUUGUUCUUUCUUUGUGGUUUUAAUAAGAGUUCAAGAAUUGUUCAGAGUCUUGUAAAUGUUAUUUUAAUAAUCCCUUUAAAUUUUAUCUGUUGCUGUUACCUCUUGAAAUAUGAUUUAUUUAGAUUGCUAAUCCCACUCAUUCAGGAAAUGCCAAGAGGUAUUCUGUGGGGAAAUGGUGCCUCGUACAGUGUAAAUUUUCUCCUUCACCUUUGCUAAUAUCAUGGCAGAAUUUUUCUUAUCCCUUGUGAGGCAGUUGUUGACUGAGUUUUUCAUCCUUCCAAUCCUGUCCCAUGGUAUUUAACACAAAAAUAAUAAAACUGUUAACAGAUUCUUGCUCGAUAGCUUGUUGUGUCUGUCGUGUCCUGAGGCGGGUGCCAGGGAGCGCGCUGUGUGGCGAUCUGGGUUAUGAAACACAUGAUUUACCUCACGGAAACCCUUGGAGGUGUCAUGGUGUUUGUUGUUCAAAGGCCUCAUUCCUUUAAGGAAAAGAAUUGAUAAGAUUUCAGGACACUUUUGGUAUUUUGGAAGGUCAUAAUCCGUUUGUCUUCAAGAUAAUACAAAAUAAGCAAAUAUCAUGAGAAUUUUUAAAAGUGCUGUAAUGUUAGUCAGUUUAUGUGUCUGCCCUGUGGCGCGAUUCUGUUUAUCCUGUUCUUAGGUUCUUGAGUGUCUGUCUUCUCAAGAAAGACUAAUUUUCCUUGGUUCUAAUCACUGCUUUUUGACCAGCCUAGUGAUUUUGUAGCAUCUCAAUAAUACUUAAAAGUACUCCUGCGGCUCCCCCCCGCCCUGGUCCAAUUUGACAUGUGAGGUAACAUCUAUUAUGGAAUGUUGGUAUUACCAAGUAAGCCUGGGCAAUUCCUUUGUAAAAAAUGACCUUCUUUGCAAGUCUCUGUGUCAACCACGUGAAGUGGGUUUUCAGUGUAAGUGCGUGGCAGUGUCUGGUAUACUUCCCUGCACUUAAGUCUUAUGUCUCAUUUAGUUCUUCUGUGUUGGCAUAGGAAAUCUUGAAACUAGAAAAAAUAGAUUGACUUUUUCUACUAAGUAUAAUCUAAUCCAAGCAAAUUUUGAGUUUUGAAAAUAGGUGUUGGUUUUGUAAAAGAAGCACUGAUAUCUGAAAGGGAAGUUGGACUUGGGGACCUGGCGUGUAGUGAAGGAUGUUGGCCCCACGUCUGUGUGUGCAUUUUAUGAAGGAGAGAAACAGCCUGAAGUAUUUGGUUGCAUUUUCAUUUCAGAUGUGUUUUGGGCUUGUCAGGUCCAUGUGCUGUAUGGUGUCUUCUAGAAAACCCCUUUGCCUGUGUGCAUGAGUUACGAGAACACACACAUGUCUCUGGAGCCGCCUGCCUGCCCAGGGCCCAGGGUGGAUGCUCUUUCUGCUUAGAACCUGGGAACGCACGCUGGCAGCAGCCUUGCCAUCCUGCCCUGUCAGUGCAGAAGCAGGCACUCCCUGGCCUAAAUCUCUCCCUGUGAUCAGUGUUACUAGUGAUGAGCAUCAGGCCGGCAGUUUCAGACCUGUCAGUUUUCAAGCUAAAUUUAGCAGAAUCCCAUUUGAUGGGAAUCCUGUGUAGUUAGUGUUCAUUUUGUUUAGCUCCUUUGUUUUCUGGUUGAGGGCUCUGAGGCCUUUUUGGGGACUGAGAACUUCCCUUAUGUCUCACGGGAGGUGGAGGCAGGGCCAGACCAGGAAGCCUGCUCUCUGGACUCCAGCUUCCUGUCUGUUUCUGAUAACUUUGACAUGACAGGAAUAGUGGACAUUAAUAUGCUGUUUAAUAACUAUGAAAUUUCCUGUCCUGAGAUGAAACCACAGGCCGCCAUGGAAUAGUCUCACCUACACGUCUGGCUUUAAUGUUUAGGCUAGGACUACCCGCUCCCAACUGGUAAGAGGUAAAUGCAUUUUCUGGUAGGCGUUUCACAGACUGCGUGAUGCAGUGGUUGGUCUUAGCUGGGAACCGUUUACAACAUAAAAGUCCACGUGGGCUCUUCCUCUGCUUUACAUUCCAGGAAGCACUCUGACCGUAUGGGAGGCGCCUCAUUUCUGUAUGAAGUCUGAUUUGGUUGCUUUAUGACAGUUACUUGAGAAGAGUCCCGACUGUAUUAAUUGACUGGUAAUAUAUAGGCUAAACUAUCUUUAACCCUUACAUGUUUAGAAAUCUUUGCUCUGCCUGCCUGCUUACUUUUAAUGUAAGCGUGAGGGGAGCGCACUGUUGACAUCACUGAAGCCACAGCCACGUAACUAAGGCCUUAACGUUCUUACGUGAUGCUAAGUGCACCGCCUUCCUGCGUUCUUUCUGUAACUAAUGUACGUGAUUUUGCCCAUUCUUGUAUUUACAAGAGACAGAUUUAAGAGUUAUAUUCUGAGUGUGUCAUGUGUCACCUUAAAAAAUGACAUUUGGAAAAAUGUAUCAAAGUUGGUAAUUCUCGUCAGGGAAGAGUAAUAUUCUUAACUUCUCCUUCUGUUAUCUUAGCUCAGAAGUUCCCCUAAAACGGAUGUUGUCUGCCAUGGGAUUUAGUUCUGGAUUGUAAUCAUUCAAAAUAUAUCACUUUGAAAACAAGUUUUACCCAUAAGGUAAAAAAAUACAUUUCCUUACAGGGUUUAUCCCUGAAUUGUGAUCUUCUGCCACUUUAAAAACAUUCAAGCACUAGUUUUCCCAGAGCUUUGCACAUUGCUUUCGGUAACUCUGGUAUGUGCAUAGAUUUUAAAACAUUGACCUUUAUGAGAAUUAGGGGACGAUCAAGCUUUUACCAUGUGGGAAAACAACAAAACAAGGUAAAUAAGUGAUCUUCAUAUGCUAGCUUUCAAAGGGAGAUAAACUAUUGUGUGAAUAAAUAAACUGUUCAAAAGUGU